GUAAAAUGCCGCAUGCUGAUUCGGCCGUGAUACCGUCAGGAAUCGACAAGGCGGCGUUCUGGAUCCACGUCCACGAACAGCUUAGCCACCUUCUGGCGGGUCAGCGCGAUUGGGUGACCAAUCUGGCCAACGCAUCGUCCCUCAUCUUCAAUGCGCUACAGGCCCUUCCAGACUUUGGCACGGGCGACCGCAUGGUUAACUGGUGUGGAUUCUAUUUGCACUCGGACCUCUUCCCCGCACCUCGACUCAGCCCUCAAACUCAAAAGCCGGCCAACCAAUCCGCGCGACUUCUCCUCGGGCCGUUCUGCGGCAAGCCCGCCUGUCAAUUCAUUAAUGUCUCGCCAGAGAAGGCGCGCGGCGUCUGCGCAGACGCAUACUUGCAGAGGCUCACGGUCCUUGUCACGGACGUCAACGAAUACCCCGGACACAUCGCAUGCGACGGCGAAACAAAGAGCGAAAUAGUUUGCCCGCUGCUUCUUUCUAUGCCCGGUCAGGAGUCCGAGCGCGCGCUCGGGGUUCUCGACCUGGAUUGCCUUGCGCUCGCAGGCUUUGAUGAGCGGGACAAAACUGGGUUGGAGAGGAUAGCGAAGCUCGUGGUGGAGGCUUGCGAUUGGUAG